GGGACACUAGACAGUGGUAAACUGCCUCUGUAUGUCUAUACUGUAUACAUAAAAAUACUAUUUUGUUUUCAGAUUUCAUACUGUUCUGUAACGAAAUCAAUUUUAGAGGCUGGUUUACGGCCGGAAACAUGGUAUGUGUUAGCAUAAGUGAGUCAUAUUUUUGGACGUACCAGAAAACGGUGUAACUGGUAACUUUUUAAAUGAACAUUAGAAAAGAUUGACUAUUUUAGUUCUCGACUAAAGCAGCAUGUCUUACUUGGAGUGGGCUGAGUCUCAGCUUGCAGAGAUAGAGCUGCUAACCAGCAUGUUCCCCACCGUGGAGGAGCUGGAGUUCACUGACCAGCUGGCACUAGCCGAGCUCAGGGACUACGUGGAGGGCUCAGCUUCAACAGGCGGCCCUCCACCGUCCAGACCCCAGUUUCUCAUCAAACAAAAGCUGGACUCUGCGAACACAGAGGGGACGGUGUUCAUUCUGUCCUGUGCUUACCCAUCUGAAUAUCCUAGUGUGUUACCAGAAAUAACAGUCCGGUGUUCUGGUCUCAGUAGGGCCCAGCAGACACAGCUCCAGGCACUUCUUAAUGCAUACCUCAUGGGAAACUGCCAGGGGGAAAUAUGUGUGCUCUCUGCUGUUGAAUGGGUGAAAGACAACCUCCAGCUUUUUAUUGAUAAGAGCUUAUUAGAAGCCCCAGGUCCUAAGAAGGAGUCUGCCUCACCUCGGAUGCCUGAAGUGUUCAGCCGGCUGUGGAUCUACAGUCACCACAUUUACAACAAGUCGAAAAGGAAGAACAUCUUGGAUUGGUCAAAGGAGCUGGGCCUGUCAGGAUUUAGCAUGCCUGGGAAACCUGGUAUUGUGUGUGUGGAAGGUCCUCAAUCUGCCUGCGAGGAUUUCUGGUCCAGAGUGAAGGUUUUGACAUGGAAGAAGAUCAUGAUUCGACACAGAGAGGAUAUUUCCCUUGAUUGUCAGAGUGAGGACAGCAGGCUUGUUGAACAUAUAGACUCCCUGCGCAAAUUUACAGGCUUUGAAGAAGCAAUGUUUGACCCCCAUGGAAACAGAGGCAAUCACAUGGACCUUGGGCAGCUCUACCAGUUCUUGAAUGAGAAAGGCUGUUGUGAAGUCUUUCAGAUGUAUUUUGGCAUUGAAGGGAGGUAGUAGUCAGACCGAGAUAAUGGAUGUACAUAGUUUUUGUACCGGUGCCUUGUCACUGAAAUUACUUAUUCUGAAAAUAACUUUUAAAUGAAAUGGGAAUGGAAUAAGCUGAUAAAAUGAAACAAAUUAACUAACUAACUUUUUGAGUUUCAAAGUUGUCAUACCUGCAAAAUUCACUGGAAUAAAAAGCAGAAAGAACAUUUCUGCAAUUUUGAGGAA